AGAGACGUAGUCCGAUGCAACUGGCUGCAACCCCAAAACCAACCAAGCAAACAAAACGUUGCCCGACAAAUUCAUUCCCCCUGUUUUUACCAGUCGGCUCUUCUUCCUGCUCCAUGUCCCCUGACCACCGGCAACCCGACACCAUAACCAUUCCUGUUCAUCGCCUCUGCUAUCAUGUAUAUCUAUCUAUCUAUCCAUUUGCUGCUAGUAUUUUCAGGGAAACAUGGAAUUUAUCAAUGUCAGCUCAUCAUCGUCGAGAACGGAGUUGGAGACGAGAGGCGUCCGAGUCCACAGCCACAGUGAGGCUGAGCGCCGGCGCCGGCAGCGGAUCAACGCCCACCUCGCCACCCUCCGCAGCCUGCUCCCCUCCGCCAGCAGGUUGGACAAGGCGGCGCUUCUGGGGGAGGUGGUGCGUCAAGUGCGGGAGCUGCGGGUGCGGGCGGAGGAGGUGGCUGUGGUGGUGCCUGGAGAAGCAGACGAGGUCGGGGUGGAGGAGGAUGAAGAGGCGGCGCGCGAUGAGACUAAGACAGUAGGCGGUGGGCAGCAAGGGAGGAUGGUCCGGGCGUGGGUGUGCUGCGAGGACCGACCCGGACUGAUGAGCGAGGUGAGCAGGGCGGUCCGGUCAGUCCGGGCUAGGGCGGUCCGGGCGGAGAUGGUGACCGUCGGAGGGCGGACGAGGAGCCUGCUUCAACUGGAGGUCAACGAGGCUGAGGCAGCGGCGGCGGCAGAGAGGGGGGAGGGCCACCACUCAAAGCUGCAGGCGGCGCUCUGGGCCGUCCUGCUCACCAACCGACACGGUGCGGUUGACAACUUCAGUAAGCGGGAACGUGUGUCGACCCGGUUCCGCAGCCGAACAUAGAUAGCUCUAACUCUAGUUAAUUUAUAAGUAGAUUAAUUUGCAUAUAAUUAAUUAACCUUGGAUUGGUAUUA